UUCGAUAUAGAACAAUUGUUGUUUAACUGAACAAAGAAUUUUCUUUUAGAGGAGAGAAUUUUAUGAACUAUUAUAGAGAAAAUUAAAAACAAAAUAGUGAGAUAAGUUGCAACCUUAAGUAGAAAUUGAUUUUCCUAGAGGAAACUAGCUGAAAGGAAAGAGAACCGUGCUGCAACACAAUAUUGUAAUAAACGAAGAGCAUAAAUCUGUAUAUAUUUAUAGUUUUUUAUUGUUGUGCAAAUAAAUGAUAAGAAUGUUCUUUUAAUUAAAUGCAAAAAUAACGAAUGACUGAUAUAUUAUGUACGAGUUUGCGAAUAUUAAUUAAAUCCGAAUGAAAAACAAAUGAAAAAUUAAAUCUGAAAAAAAUCAAGUGUUUCAAUAAAAAAAGAAUAAGAGUUGUGUUGUAUAUAACUAACGGCAAGUCCAUUAUUCACCUAUUGUCUAAUCAUUGCAAUUAUCGGUUGAGUUAAAUAAUUUUUGUCAUUCGUCAUAUGAAAUGAAUAUCGUAGGAGAUUAUGAAUACAGCUCCAAAGAUAUGCUUGGCCAUGGUGCAUUUGCUGUCGUCUACAGAGGACGUCAUCGUAAGAAACAUUUUCCCGUGGCUAUAAAAUGUAUUACCAAAAAAGGUUUAGUUAAAACUCAAAAUCUUUUGGGUAAAGAAAUUAAAAUCCUUAAAGAACUGACUGAACUGCAUCACGAGAAUGUUGUGGCUUUAUUAGAUUGCAAAGAAUCACAAGAUUGCGUCAAUUUAGUUAUGGAGUAUUGCAAUGGCGGCGAUUUAGCUGAUUAUCUCAAUGUUAAAGGUACCUUGAGUGAGGACACAGUUAGAUUAUUUCUUAUACAGCUCGCUGGAGCCAUGAAGGCUCUCUACACUAAAGGAAUUGUGCAUCGCGAUCUUAAACCACAAAAUAUAUUAUUGUCGCACAAUUAUGGGAAAGCUUUGCCAGCACCAUCGAAAAUUACCCUAAAAAUAGCUGAUUUUGGGUUCGCUCGAUUUCUCAACGAGGGUGUCAUGGCUGCCACUUUGUGUGGUUCUCCCAUGUACAUGGCUCCUGAGGUUAUUAUGUCUUUACAAUACGACGCCAAAGCUGAUUUAUGGUCAUUAGGUACCAUUGUUUAUCAAUCUUUGACUGGUAAAGCACCAUUUUAUGCACAAACACCAAAUGAAUUAAAACAUUAUUAUGAAACAAAUGAAAAUUUGGCGCCCAAAAUACCGAGUGGUGUAUCGGUGGAAUUGCGCGAUUUGCUGUUGGGCAUGUUGCGUCGCAAUGCCAAGGACCGCAUUUCAUUUGAAAGCUUUUUCAAUCAUCGUUUCUUGCAAGGCAAAAAAGCCGUUGCCUCACCUGGAGAUAUUCCAGCAUCUUUGUCUAUGGGUACAACACCACCUACUAAGUCAAAGAGUCCAUUGCAACAACAAUUAGAGCAACAGCAGCAGCAACAGCAGCAACAAUUACAAAAGCAAUUGCAACAACAGAAACAUCAGCAACUAAAAAUGGAUCCAGACGACGAACCAGAUGAAAAUGCAGUUUCUGUGGUUGAAAAUCCGGCUAUUUGUGCAACGAUCACUAAUGUUGGUGUUUUGUGUGAAAGUGAAAACAACAGUGUAUCUUCGGGGUCACACGAGGAUUCUGAUGAUUUUGUUCUGGUACCCAAAAAUCUUCCCGAAGAUCAACAAGUUAUCGACUAUGAAAACAAGCAUUCCGCUAAACAAGUCCAACAACAAUCGCAAGCUCCAAUAGUUAUUAAUCAAAAUCAAUCCAGUCCUCCCCGACCUAGUAGCUUGCCUAUUUCUGAACCUAAACCGGUUCCAGCCCCGGUUCGUAAGUAUUCCACCAACACAAAUGCAGCUACAGCUCCGGGUGGCACACCUUUAGAUAAGAAUGUUUCUGUUCGUUAUAAGGCAAAUAAUGAGCAAAUUGCCUCACCAAAAUUGUCGACGACCGGGCAGGCAAUAAGUGCUCCACAAAUACCCCGAUCGCAACCGAUUAGUGUUAAACAGCGACCAGAACAUCGUAAAAAUAGCGUCAGUAAUGAUAUAAAUUCCAUAUCACCACCGGCUUUACAAUUUGCCAUUGGCACACCGCCAACAGGUCGUCAUCGUUCUGCUUCGGGAGGUUCCUUAUCGGAAACUCCUCCCCCAAGUGCGCCUUGCACAUGGCAAGUGAGUCCAGGUGGUCCAACUCAGUCGCCAUUGCGCCGUUCCGGACAUAGUUCUCCUGUGCUUCCGUCCGCUCUUACUAAACUUCCUACUUUGGGUAGCCCAACUUUAACGAUAGGUUCUUUGGGUUCGGGCAACGGUUCGAUUUCAGAAAAUAACAAUCAAUAUCCCAUGUUGGGUCCAAGAGCUUUCACAUUACCCGAAAUGGCUGCUACGGGUGGCUUGCAUACUCUCUUAGACACAAGUGGUAAUACUGGCGGAGGGGUUGGAUCCGAGACUCAUAAUCUGAAUGCAUUCCAUGUCCCCGAAUUAUCUGAGGAAACACUCAUGGACCGGGAACACAAUGAGACUUUAUCGAAAUUAAAUUUUGUUUUGGCUCUUACCGAUUGCAUACAAGAAGUCGCUGAUUCACGUUGCGCACCAUUAUCAGCUCUAAUGGCUGCAAGCAACAAUGAUCAACCACAAAUCCCACCGCAUGCCCCUGAACAUUGUAAACGAGCUGAACGUCUAGUAUUGUUGGUAAGGGCUUUGCAACUUUUAUCGUCUGGCUUAAAUUUGGCCUCGCAGCAAUUGCGUAACGGUGAUUUGAAGCCUUCGUCAAACGUUAAGAACGCUUUGCUUACCAUGAACUCAAAGUAUCGCAAUAUAUUGUUUGAAUCGAAGAAACUUAAUGGUACCGGCUUACUGCAAAAAGCCAAUGCGUUCAAUAUAACCGCUGAUAAAAUACUUUACGACUACGCUUUAGAUAUGUGUCAGGCUGCUGCGUUAGAUGAAUUGCUAAGUAAUACCAAAAAUUGCUUCGAACGCUACAAUACCGCUCAUAUAUUAUUACAUUCAUUGGUACAAAAAUGCAAUCAUCCACAAGAUAAAAUGCUACUAAAUAAAUAUCGAGAUGCGGUGGAAAAACGUUUAAAUAUAUUACAACAACAAGGCUACAUAUAUGUAACUGAUGAGAAUUCGUAAAUUUUUCUCAGUUUGUGUCCAGAUGGAAAAGAUGGACAGAACAAUAAGAGAGCACGUAAAACACAAAUGAUUUAAAUGAUUUUGAAUUUACAAAAAAAAGAAAAAAAAAAACAAAAAAAAAAAAAAAUAUCUUAGCGUGUAUUUUCUAUGAUCAUUACUGUAAUUUUAUUGUUUCAAUUAUUUUUUAAAAAAUUUUAAAUUUAAAGAGCAGCCUUAACAUUAAAUGCUGAAAAAAAUACGAUUGAGAUCGCUUCCCGUAUGAACGGAAUAUUUACUUAUAUACGGUGCGAAUUCCUUUCCCCCAAAUUCAAUUCAUUUAAUGUAAUAUAAUUUAAAUGAAUUUAUAUACAUAUAUAUAUAUAUAUAUAUAUAUAUAGUUUUGCUUCUAUUAUGCCAAAGUUUCGAUUCUCUUUCCCUUCUCAGUUAUGUUUAUGUGUUGGUAGAGCUAGUGAGAAUCGCUUAUGAGGACGAACAAUUAAGUCAUGAUUAUAAUUCUUUUCACAAUUUCUUUAAUAAAUUUUCAGUAUUCGUAUCCCUAUUGAAUAUAGGAAAUAAUUGAUUAUAUCAUUAUUUGUUUCAUUUCUAAGAUGAUUAAUUAACUUUGGCCAACUGAAGAUUGAUUUCUGACAAUUUCUUAAUUUUUGACAACUUGAUGGAUUGAUUAUUUGAUUAAUUUUUGGAGUAUUUUUUUCAUUUUUUUUUUUUUUUUUUUUCUAAUAAUUUAUGCGUCUUUUAAGUGGUCAAUCGAACGAAUCAAUAAUCAUAAAAGAAAGUAAUAUUGAAGAUUGAAUUAGUUCGAUAUGUUAAACGCUAUCCAACUACAAAUUAAUAUUAUCAAAAUAAUAUAUUUGCGGUCCAAAACCCAUAUCGAGUCCAUCCACUCGCUUAUAUCGAAAUCCAAUUGCAAUUUGUUAGCAACACGCCUCGAUGAUAGGAUUUGAUUGCUUCUGAAUCGUGAAUAGUUUUUUUAAAAACGUAUUUUAGACGAAUUAUAUUCGUGAUAUAAUCAACACUUUUUUUGGCUUUCUUUCCUACAUUGCUUUAUUUUAUGCACAUUUGUAUCAAGUUUUCUUUACGACUUUGUGUAAAAAAUUGUAAUGACAGCUUAAAAAAAAAAAAAAAAAAACAAACAAACAAACAAAACAAACCAAAUUUAAUAAAUUGAAAUAAAUAUAUGGAUUGUCUAUUUGAAAGUUGCAGCUCCUUUUUCUUAA